CAACGAACUCGUGAAUUUCGCGCCGGUUUUUUCGUCGCACACAACGAUCAUGGCCGACAAGGCGAGUGAAAUAAAUCCCUUGCUUCGGCGUCCUCUCUACCUCUACGAUCUACCACCUGAAGUACUCUCUACCCUCACACUCGCUGGAGGUGAACAGCCAAAGACCGAGGAUACCCCAGCCUCCGUGCCCGCGCCUUCAGAUUGGCAAAAUGGUGUUCACAAAGAUGGCAUUGCGUCUUCAAUAUCCUGCGCCUUGUGCAGGGUCUCAUUCAGCAACGUACAAGACCAACGGCAACAUGUCAAGUCCGACUUCCACCGCUACAACCUGAAACUCAGCCUGAAACAAAUGCCUCCCAUAGACGAACCCACCUUUAUACGCAUGAUCGGCGACCUCGAUGAGUCCCUGUCCGGGUCGGAAUCUGAAGACUCGGAGGACGAAGACGACGAGAGUAGUAGACCUGGGGACACGACCCUAAGCGCUCUUUUGAAGAGGCAAGCAAAGAUUUCAAGUCAAGAGCAAGAUAAUGACACAAACACCUCUAAGCAGAAAGGGUUUGGGCAUGCCCCAUUACUAUGGAUGACAAGCCCAAAGGUCGGGGAUGAUGUCAGGUUGGGUGUAUACCGAGCAGUAUUAUCCAAGGAAGAGCAGGAAGCCGCACCGACAAGCCUGAUAGACGUCAUCAAGAGGAAACAGCUGAAACCGGUUACGGCGAAACAGACUGGCAAGGGGCAGGAAAGCGUCGUACAGAAGGAACCACACUUCUUCCUGUGCAUGAUUGGUGGUGGUCAUUUUGCAGCCAUGAUUGUCUCACUGGUUCCCGAAGUGAGGAAAGGGCCAGGAGGUAUAGAGGAGCGCCAUGCUGUGGUCCGAGCGCACAAGACCUUUCACCGAUACACCACAAGACGGAAACAAGGUGGCUCCCAAUCAGCCAACGACAAUGCGAAAGGCAAUGCGCAUUCUGCGGGAUCUUCGAUACGACGCUACAAUGAGAUGGCCUUGGAAGCAGAUGUUCGGAACGUCCUGUCCGAGUGGAAAGGCAUGAUUGACACUGCAGAAUUACUCUUCAUUCGAGCGACGGGACCAACCAACCGAAGAACACUAUUCGGACCUUAUGAUGGCCAAGUCCUGCGAAGCAACGACCCGAGGAUACGAGGCUUCCCCUUCAGCACCCGUCGCGCAACACAGAGCGAACUACUUCGAUCGUUUCAAGAGCUCACCAGAUUAAAAGUGGGCAAGUUGACGAAGCCCGAGGACGACAAAGCACCAGCAGAAAAGGCUGCGCCGAAAGAACCCAAGGCGAAACCUCCAACACCCAAACUCAGCAAAGAAGACGAAGCAGCGCAACUACACACAUCUCAACUACAGGCGCUAAUUCGCCGAUCAAAGGCACCCGGCGUGCUAUUAUAUCUUUCCAAGAACGACCUCUCGCCAAACUUCACCUUCUUCCCUUCCUCUGAGCACCAUCACGCUCCUACACCACUGCAUCUGUCCGCAUCGACAAAUUCUCCCGCCCUUGUCCUGGCUCUCCUUAUCAAAGCCAAGGCCGAUCCAACAUUGACAAACGCCGACGGCAAAACAGCCUACGAAAUCGCUGGUGAGCCAAAGACUCGAGAUGCAUUCCGAAUAGCGAGGCACCAACUCGGCGAAGACGCUUGUGACUGGGCCAAAGCACACGUCCCAUCGGCGCUGAGUCAGGAAGAAGCCGACGCCAGAACGAAGCAGGAGAAAGCAACAAACGAAGCGGCCGAGUCGCAGAGGCGGCAGGCCGAGCUCGAACGGAUUCGGCUGGAUGAGGAGAAAAGGAAAGUGGGUAAAAUAGAGAGAAAGGCCGGGGCUGGCAAGACGCUGGCGUCGUCGGCCGCCCUAGAGAAGACGGCAAAUGAGAAGAGAGAAGAAGAGAUGAGAGGGCUCACGCCAGAGAUGAGGCUGAAGAUUGAGCGCGAGAGGAGAGCCAGAGCCGCGGAGGAGAGGAUGAGACGAUUGCAGGGCAAGUAGUUGCGCUGUUACUCUUACAACUUAUGCCACUGAAGGGGGGCUGCCCUUUGCUACUCCGUGCGGUACAGUCCAGAGGAACCUUCUUCCUUCCUCUUCCAUGUUUUAUUUCUUGCCAUCUUUUCUUUCAAUUCUCUGUUGAGAUUCUUUCUUUUGCGUUCUAGUACCUGCAAGCCCUCUGUACCG